AUGUCGCUCGCCCAGUUGUUCGAGCAUUUGCAUCUCGAGAGCUGCCAGGCUCCGGACGAGCGAUUCGCUUGGCUACAUCGACGCUCACAGCAGACGCAGCACCCGCUCGUGCAGUUCGAGUUCUCCAAGACGCACUGUACGCUACGCAUUGUGUCCAAACACAAACGCAAGAAAGAACUCGUGUCGGAACGCCGCUGCAAGUCUCUCACCCAUGAACGGACUCUGUCGGCCGUAACCACUGGAAGCCUGACGGAGGAAGGUGAGAGGCCACAAGACCCUGUCUUCAUGAGGCUCACGUGGGAGGAAGUUCUCGGAGCACACCUACAGACAGCAUGCGGCCAGCCACUCAACCGACGCUCAGUUGUCCCCCGUCGAGUCUACAUGCUAGCACUGUACGCGUGUCCUUCAGAAGGUCUCCUACUCGAUGACAAGAAACACCACCACAAAGACAGACAGCCGACGAAGCGAAGCCCCCGUCAGUGGACAUUUAGAUUCUACGGUGACGAGAUUGACCAAGUGGCUCACCUGCACCAUGCACUGAACAAGUGGGCAGAUCCUCGUAGAACGAUCCAGGAGGAUAUCAUCGACCUGACAUUUUUGAAGCCGGAGGAAGCUAAUUCUGGGUCCCUACGCAAAUUUCGCGUGCUUGUUGACUCGAACGAAAAGUCUGGUCUCCACAAGUACGAGCAGUUUGUUGCGCCCAUGUUCCAAGUUGCCAACAUCGAAACGACUGUCGACGUCGUGAAGAUACUCGGAAAAUCGCCAAGACGCUUCCUCUUAACCAGUUCGAGUGUGUUGCUAUCGUUGGAGGUGACAGCUUCGCGCAUGAGUGAUCCAGAUCAAGAUUUCAGCAAACCAGGGCGUCUCAGUAAGGCCAUGGUUCUAACAAGAUCUCAGGCCCGUGCCGCAGCACAAGACCAAGCGGGCAUACUGGAAGGAAUUGUUACCGAGGUACACGAUGAAGAGCUCCUUGCUGUCGUCUCUGCACAUGCCCCUGCGCAGAAUGUUCGCCUAGAGUCUCAAGUCUCAAGAAUCGUCGACAGCUUCUGGAGCGAGACCCAAAGACUUGCUGCAGAGACUACAAUGAUGCAGAGCAAUCAAGUUCAACAAGCGAAAGAGUACCACGCCGCCUUGGCUGCCAUCCACCACGAUGCUCGAAGCAGACAAGAAACUGCAAGUUAUUUCCAAUGCCCAGGUAGUAGCGCACUGGCGCAGCGGAUAGAUGGUGUGCUUUUGCAACCACAGGCCGCCAUUAACGGAGAUGUAAAAGGCCAAAUGGAAGAAAUGUGGGAUGCAAUGCAGAAGCAGAUCGACAUGAAGUUUCAGCAGAUGACUUCGAGUAUUGUGGAGAACUGUAUUGCAAAGUUGGAGGAGAGUGGAGGUGUUACCACCGGUAGAUUGACGAUUCGGCGCGUUCAAAGGCUGGUGUCGGAUUUCGAAAAGCUUGGCAACAACAUGCGUGAAAACAUUCGCCAGCAGCUAAAAGAUGAAUCCGCAGCGACAGAGGUACACAUGGAAAAGCGAGUCCGUGACAUGCUACAAAAAGCCCAUGAGGAACGCGUAAUUGAAUCGCGAUGUCAAAUGGAGGCCACUCGCGCAGUUGAAGGGGAACUUGAGCGCACCCGCACAGAACUCAACACAGAAGUUCGAGAACUGAAGGCACGACUCGAUAAACUCGAAAACAAGACGAAUGAGAAGUCACCAAUUAUUAGAGUGCCGCCAAAACGUCGUACUGAGCGCGGGAAUAAUACAGUACCCGUCCUUGUAAAGCACAUGAAUGAUCUGGCGAAAGAAAAUAAGUGGUCUCAAGAUGAGCGAGUGGGUCGUAUGGAGCAGUAUGUCCAAGCAGUGCUACGUCGAGCUCUCCAGCUUACACCAAGUCUUAGCGUCACAAUUCCCCCGGUUUCAUCUGAUCCUGUACAGCUCCGAUCCCAGCAAGAGCAAGUUCCGGUGCCGCAUCAUUCUACUAAGGUCAAGCGCGCAAUUGACCAAGCACAGAAAGCUGUCAAGCGUCGAUCGGAACUGGCCGCUCGCCGAUACGAUGCUCUUCACAAGAACGAGACGAAUGGUAGCUGA